CAUACCCUUUCAAAGAUGGACCCUCUGCCUGAUUGGCUGUCUGGUCCCUCGUGGACAACGUCACACUCAGUUUUGGGUCUGCCUGCGCAGUCUGUUUUAUUCCAAGCCAAAGAAGUUACGAUGAUCACUUUAUGGGGAAACAUUUUUAUUCCCUUUACCAUCAUAACUGGCCUCUCUUGUUUUCGACACGAUGUGGUUCCGGAAGAAAACCCAAAUAUUCCGCCAAUCGCUAAAUAUUUCUGUACGAAAGGCAGGUAUGAGGAAGUCAACCCGUAUCUCAUAGAGGACAUUCUUGCGGUAAACAGAUCUAUUUUGCAGCCUCCGGCCCCGCAGUGCCACGAGAUCCAUCUGACCGCUAUAAUCCGACAUGGGCCUUGAUACCCGACGGCCAAAAAUGUCAAGAAGAUGCGGAAGUUUUACAAUCUGGUCCGGAGCAGCGCGACAGGCACGCACAACUGGCUGCGUGAGAUCCAGAACCUGUGGGCGAUGUGGUACACCGAGGACAUGGACGGCCGACUGGUCCAGAAAGGGGUGGAAGACCUCAAACAUCUGGCCAUACGGCUGUCUAAAAUGUUCCCCUCCAUGAUUUCAGAGGAGAAGCUUCGAAAUGGACUCAUCAAGUUCAUCACCAGCUCCAAGCACAGAUGCGUCAACAGCACGCUGUCCUUCCAGGCCGGACUGACGAGCCUGUGGGACAUUGCAGAUGUGGAGUUUGGUCAUGAAAUGAACGAUGCCCUUAUGAGGUUCUUUGAGCUGUGUCACAAAUUUGUGCAGGAAGUUGAUAGCAACCCAUCUGCGAUGACAGAGCUGGACAAGUUCAGCAAGGGCCUAGAGAUGAUGAGGGUCCAGCAGAAGAUAGCAGACAGACUGGAAGUCCCAUACAACCUCAUCACAGAUGAUAUGGUGGAAGCGGCGUUUUACCUGUGUGCGUAUGAGUUUGCCAUCAAAACUGUGAAUUCCCCGUGGUGUCGGCUCUUUGACGAAGUUGAUGCACAGGUUAUGGAGUACGCAAUUGAUCUGAAGCAAUUCUGGAAACGAGGCUAUGGAUACGACAUAAACAGCAAAUCCAGCUGCAUCCUGUUCCAUGAUGUGUUCAGCCGUCUGGACAAAGCAGUCAAAGAGAAGCAAUCGGGUGAGCAGGUGAGCGAAGCAGUGACAGUGCAGGUCGGCCAUGCUGAGACCCUCCUCCCACUUUUUACCCUUUUGGGCUUCUUCAAGGACACAGAUCCCCUUACAUCAGCAAACUACGCCACGCAGACCCAGCGCUCUUUCCGCACCAGCCAGAUGUUGCCAUACGCUGCUAACUUCGUCAUGGUUCUGUAUGAUUGCGGAGGGGGCGACUUUAGACUGCAGCCUCUGCUCAAUGAGAACCCAGUGGCCUUCCCAGGUCUAACCAACCAGCAGGCAUCAAUGCCGCUCUAUCAAGAUGUCAAACAGCACUACAGUGAUCUGCUCAAUGGUUGUGACUUUGAGACAGAAUGCCAACUGUUCAAAGGUCCUUCUGAAGUGUAGGCAGGCAGAGCUGGCUCUGGAGAAAAACCUCAUGUACACAAUCUGUUUUAAGACUCCUCGAACAAUGGCAAAUCUGGUGCCUUUUAAUCAUUCAAUGAUCUCCAAUACAGUGUUUUUGUUGCAGUGUUGUGUUUUAUUCUUGCCAUGCUUUGCUUUGCUUUACUUUAUACUCAAAUUUAGCCACCAUCGAAACUUUGUGGGGAGCAUUUUAUAUGUUCUGCACAUCUUUACUCACAACUUGCCAUUUUUUGAUUUUUCAAAAAGCACCAAAACACAACAGAAAAUCUAUUCUGUGUGUUUUUCUAUUAAUUUAGGCUGUUAAAAUAAUGUUUUCCAAAUUUUCUUCAUUUUUGUGUUUGCUUAACCCGUUUAUUGAUGCAUUCAUCAAAAGGCAAUCAUUAUUUUGCUUUAUUAAAGUGUUGGGAGCUCACACAAAAAAACAUUCCCUAUUGAGGACUUGUCCACAGUAAGGGAUAUUUUGAAUACUCAGUUGAAUUAUUGAACAAUAACCUUUGGACACAUAUUACUGUAUAAAAUAUACCUUGUCGAAGUGCAGAGCAAUGCUGAAAGUGACAGAAAGUUCAAGAACAUCUCUGAAAGCAAUAUUCAGUGAGAGUGAACAGCUUCUGAGCUGAAUCCAUUAUAAAGUAAAAUAACAGGGUUUUCCAAGAAGUUCAGAAAUGAUUAUUCAUGCCAUAUCUCAUUUAAACUAAAGCUCAUGUUCUGGGUUACAUAUUUUUAACCAAGAAUGUCCCAUGUUCUAGGCUACAAAAAAAAACAUCCAGUUCCUUGUUUAAAACCAGCUGUAACUGUGAUGUCAUUUAAAUGCUUCAUUGGGUAAAAAAAAAGAUCCUUUCUCGAUGAUCCCUGACGUAUCAUGAUUGUGAAUAACUUUUAUUAUCAGGAGCAAGAAACUUAAAUAAGCAUUUCCACAUUGAAUAUUUCUCUGGGAGAACUUUUUGAAUUAAAUUGUAAGGCACUCUUGAGAUUUCCCGCAAGUCAAACUAUCAUAUUGUGUCUAAAGCAUGAAACCCUUUCUUCUUCCUAAGCCACAAUAGGCCCUAUCGCAGCAGAUAACAUGCACAAGGACUUAACUUCAGACUGUUUUCUUUUCUUUCUUUUUUUUACAUCCCUACACCAAUGUAAGACAAUACAAACUCGCUUCCCUGGGUUAAGGUCAGAUAAGAUGAACAGAUGAGUGCUGUGCUAGAAAAACGUGCAUCAUCAGCAUUAUUCCAGGAAUAAACACCCACUGCAAUCAUUUGUCAAAAUUAAAGAAAUGUGCCAGUGCGGUUUCUAAAAUUUGCACUAUAACUGUCACUUGAUAUGCAAAAAAUAAGUGUUUCAACCCCAUGGCUGAGACAGCUUUUCUGCUUGUUUCAAGUCAAUAUGGUUUAUUAUGAAAUAAACAUGACCCAAGUUCAGAGGCUUCACCAAAAUAAAAGAAUUGACGUUGCGGUCAUAA